AUAACGACUAAAAUAAUAAUAAUAAAUAAAAAGAAACGUCACCCUGCCACCUAAGCAGUAGAAUUGACGUACACGGUUGAGUGAAAUUUCUUCAAACAUAAAAAUGAGUAGAAAUAAUGUAAAACAAAAAAAAAAAAAAAGAGUAGAGAGCAUUGCAAAUGUCACCGUUUUAUUUUAUAUAAUAAUCUAAUUCGCAUUCAAAAUUCAACGCCGAGGACUCUCUCUCGCUCUCGCUCUCGCUCUCCCUCUCCCUCCGUCACAAUCACCACUGGUUUGUGCGAAGCAGUUUUAAGUUGCCAUGUCGAAGGGAUUAUUGAAAAGUGAAGAGUUGUAUCAGUAUGUGCUGGAGGCUAGUGUGUACCCACGCGAAACUGAGCCUCUUAGAGAGCUAAGAAAUAUCACUGCUAGUCAUCCGAGGGCUGGAAUGGCCACUUCUCCAGAUGCUGGGCAGUUAAUAGCCCUGCUUUUGCAGCUAGUAAAUGCGAAAAAGACAAUAGAAGUGGGAGUCUUCACUGGGUACUCCCUUCUCCUCACGGCUCUUUCAAUCCCUGAGGAUGGUAAGAUUACUGCCAUAGAUGUCAAUCGCGAGACAUAUGACAUAGGACUACCAAUCAUAAGAAAAGCUGGUGUCGAGCACAAAAUUGACUUCAUGGAAUCUGAGGCUCUGCCAGUUCUUGAUAAGCUACUGAAAGAUCAUGGAAAUGAAGGCAGUUUCGACUUUGCUUUUGUUGAUGCUGACAAAAUCAAUUAUUGGAACUACCAUGAGAGGCUACUAAAAUUGCUGAAGGUGGGUGGAAUAGUAGUCUAUGAUAACACUCUUUGGGGAGGGACAGUUGCUAUACCUGAAGAGGAAGCCCCAGAGGCUAUGAGAAUGGGCAGACAGCUUACAAUUGAACUCAACAAAUUGUUUGCAGCUGAUUCUCGUAUCCAAAUCUCACAUGCGUCGUUGGGUGAUGGAAUUACAAUCUGCAGGCGACUUUAUUAAUCUUCUGCUUGAACAUUAAACUCAUUUUACUUCCUCUGCGGAGUUUCAAGUGAAAGUGCAUCAUCUCCAUGAUUUCACGAGCUUGUAAUGUUAUCUAAAGUAUUGUCUGAUGCACUUUAAGAUGAUUUAAACAGAUGAAGUUACAGGUUUGUUUGCAUGCCA